AGAUAAGUAUUUAGGAGCUCUCUGCUCCUCAAAGUCCUCUUUUUUUUCUCUUAAACCUCUCCCCUUUUCAUAUUUGCAGCAGCUCCUCAGCUCCCAUGGUUUCUUCCCUCUAUUCAUCUUCUCCAUGAACCCUUUCUCUUUAGCUUUUCCUUAGCACCUCUGCAUCUGAGUUUGUCCUCUGCUUGUGUAAAGUUGUGAUCUUUAGGGGGUGAGGUAGAGUUUCUUGAUUGGAGGGGACAAGGGUUUAAGGCGGAGUUCGGGUUCCGGGUCGAUGGAGAUGGAGAAUGUUCCUGGGAUUGGAAAGGAAGAUCAUCGGAUAGACCUGCCCCCUGGGUUCAGGUUCCACCCGACCGACGAAGAGCUCAUUAGUCAUUACCUGCACAAGAAAGUAAUGGACGUGAACUUCUGGGCGAGCGCCAUCGGAGAAGUCGACUUGAACAAGUCCGAGCCUUGGGACUUGCCCAGGAAAGCGAAAAUGGGAGAGAAGGAGUGGUAUUUCUUCUGCAUACGGGACCGGAAGUAUCCGACGGGUCUGAGGACGAACAGGGCGACCGAGGCAGGGUACUGGAAGGCGACGGGGAAGGACAAGGAGAUCUACCGGGGGAAAUCGCUGGUCGGGAUGAAGAAGACGCUGGUGUUUUACCGCGGGAGAGCUCCGAAGGGCGAGAAGACAAACUGGGUCAUGCACGAAUACCGGCUGGAUGGAAAACUCUCCCACCAGUAUCUCCCGAAAUCUGCAAAGAACGAAUGGGUGAUCAGUCGGGUUUUCGAGAAGACUGCGGGAGGAAAGAAGAUCCAUAUUACGGAUCUUAUGAGAGUUGGAUCUAUCGCGAACCAAGACUGUCCUGCUCUGCCUCCAUUAACGGACUCUUCGCCUCAAACUACCAAGGCGGAACCCGUGCCGGAAUCUGCAGCCUACGUGCCCUGCUUCUCCAACCCGAUCGAGAACAAGGAACACACUGAUCCUCUGUUCACCAACAUCGAUCCCCUCUUCUCGGUCUCCUCGAACGCGAGCACCGUCCCGAGAGUUCCGAUCCUCGGAUCACUUUACUCCGGACAACCCGUCUCCAUUCCUCCUAACCAGGAAUACCCCGGUCCCGUCCUAAUGCAGGAACAGUCCAUCCUCCGAGCACUUCUCGAGAACCCGAACCUCAAGGUGGAGAGGGAGAUGAUCGACGCCUCACAGGAGGUAGUGCUCGCAAGCAACAUGAACCAUCCCGAGAUGUCAUCCGUCGUGCCGGGGUUCGAUUUGGGAAGGAGGGUGGCGUUUCGUGAUCAGCAUCAGCAUCAGCAUCAGCAGGCUCCGUCAACCUCAGCUGCUGGGCCAUCAGAGUUGGAUUUUAUAUGGAAUUAUUGAGAGGAAAUUCCUAAAAAAAAAUUAAGUAGAUAACAAAUAUGAAUUUGCUCUGUUUCGGCAGCCUCAACUAUUGUUGUUGUCGUCAUAAACCUUAUAAUGGGGUUGUGUGGGUCUCUUCGUAUAGAUUUUUCUAAAUCAAGGAGACUGAGUAUGAUUGAUGAGAUAAUGAAACUUAUUUCAUAAUAA